ACCCCCAGAUCUGUUACUUUCUCCUUCACGUUCCUGUGUUGCCCUCAUCCUCAUUGACUUCCAAACUCUCUGGUGAAGCUUUCCUCACCUCGGUUACUCCAUCAUAACACCCCUUGGCUAAAGGACAACCCUUGCCACACACACUGGGCAGCCCAGACUCACCUCUGAACCCCUUCAACUGGUGCCAGGUCCACCGGAGAACGGCUCAACAUGCCUGAGCCCACAAAGAAAGAUGAUGGCCAACCUGAAGAGAAUGUUGCCCCAGACUCUGGUGAUGGCCCAUCUGAGAAUUCGGUUGUGAUGACCCCGAAAGAGGCUAAAGUGGCAACCAAAGACACAGAGGCCAUAGUGACUGUCACAGAACCAGGGGCAGCUGUGUCCAUGCCUGCUGCUGAGACCCCUCAGCCACAGCCUGUAGUAAUUGUGGUGACUGAACUAGAGCCUGAACUAGUACAGGGUGAGGUCACAGACCCACAGCCAUUAGUGACAGAGCCUGUACAGAACGGGCACAAUGAACCUGAGCCAACACAGGCUAAGAAGCAUGUCAAGGUGACUGAGGUAAAAGAAGAGGAGCCUGGCACCUCAAAAGUUCCCGCACCUUCAGUGAAGAAGUCUGCUGAUACAAAAGCUACUCCUAUAAAAGAUAAAGAUGAUGAUGUCACCGCCAGCACUCCAUCACCUCCACCUCCAGCAGAGGAUGGCAGCACUCCAAAGAAACUUUCUAUUGACCUUCCUAAUGAUAGCGACCCUGAGUCAACCAGGGGGAGAAAAGACUCAGUGUGGUCUCUGGGGGAUGGCCAGCCUCCCGAGGAGAUCGACAAACAGAUUGAUACUCCGCCGCUCUCGAUUCUGUUGAUUGAAAAGCCUCAGAGUGGUUCCAUCAAUGUAGGUGGAGACAUCACCUUCACUGCUAAGGUGGAGGCCAAAGACUUGCUUCGUAAACCAACCAUUAAGUGGUUCAAGGGCAAGUGGAUGGAUCUGGCUAGCAAGACUGGGAAGCAUCUGCAGCUUAAAGAAUCUUUCGAUCGCUUCACUAAGAUUCACACCUUUGAGAUGCACAUUAUAAAGGCGAAGGAGAACUAUGCAGGGAAUUACAGAUGUGAGGUCACCUACAAAGACAAGUUUGAUAGCUGCUCUUUUGACCUGGAGGUCAAAGAAGUCUCAGAUGGUUCUCAAAACAUUGACAUCCGCUCAGCUUUCAAAAGAAGCAGCGAAGGCCAAGACGAUGCAGGCGAGCUUGACUUUAGUGGGCUUCUCAAACAUAGACAAGGCAGGGAGCACAAGCAAGAGGAAGUUCCUGAGGUGGAUGUGUGGGAGAUUUUGAAAAAUGCCCGACCUGAUGAAUAUGAGAAGAUUGCUUUUAUGUAUGGCAUCACCGAUCUCAGAGGCCUGCUGAGAAGACUGAAGAAAACCAAAAAGGAAGAGAAAAAGAGUGAAGCAUUUGCCAAGAGACUGGAACCUGCGUAUCAGGUGGACAAAGGUGGAAAGAUCCGGUUAGUUGUGGACCUGGCUGACCCAACCGUAGAGUUAAAAUGGUACAAGAAUGGACAAGAGAUCCGCCCUACUCCAAAUAAUAGAAAGUAUAUAUUUGAGCACAAAGGCACUCAACGGAUAAUGGUUAUAAACAACUGUCAGAUAAACGAUGAUGCUGCCUACUCAGUCAGUGCAGGAGAAGAGAAGUGCACCACUGAACUGUUUGUGAAAGAAUUGCCUGUGAACAUAGUGAAACAUCUGGAGCCUGUAAAAACCACAGUGAAUGAGAGAAUUGAACUGGAGUGUGAAGUGUCUGAGGAAGGAGCCAAAGUUAAAUGGAUGAAGAAUGGGGUGGAGGUCCCCACAGGGGUGCGCUCGCGGUACCGUGUGAAAAGUGAGGGGACCAAACACUGGCUGAUCAUUGACGAUGCUACAAAGGACGACACUGGCACCUACUCCCUGAUGGCCACCGGGGGCACCACUGAAGCUAAAGUUCAAGUUGAACUGAAGCCUCUGAAGAUUUUAAUGGAUCUACAGAGUGUGACAGUGUUGUUGGGUCAACCUCUCAAAUUGAACUGUGAGAUUUACCCUGGAAACAUCCCGGGCCGCUGGUACAAGAAUGGCCAGCUGAUCCAGCCUAGCGAACGACUCACCAUUAUACACAGAACCAAGAAUCACAGCCUUGACAUUGAGAGCUCCACUAUUCAUGAUGCUGGCGACUAUACCUUUGUUCCUGAGGGAUACACACAGACGCUGUCUGCCAAAGUGCACAUCAUAGAUCCUCCCAGGGUGCAUUUAGAGGCACUGAAUGUCCAGGACAACACGGUGGUCAUUGUAGCUGGAAACAAACUCCGGCUGGAGAUCCCAAUAAGUGGAGAACCAGCACCCAGAGUCGUGUGGAUGAAGGGAGAAAGGGUCAUCCUUGACUCAGGAAAUCGGGUUCGUGCAGAGACAUUUGCAGAUCACACCUGCCUCACUAUUGAUAUCGCAGAAAGAGAAGAUACCGGAAACUACAAGAUCGUCCUUCAGAACGAAGCUGGAGAAGACACAGCUAGUGUUAAAAUCAAAGUUGUAGAUAUCCCAGAUGCCCCUGAGGCUCCUCUGGUUACUGAUGUGGGUGGAGAUUGGUGCACUAUGACAUGGGAGCCACCACGCUAUGAUGGUGGUUCCCCCAUCCUUGGCUAUUUCAUUGAGCGAAAGAAGAAACAGAGCUCUCGAUGGAUGAGGCUGAACUUCGACCUUUGCAAAGAGACCACCUUCGAGCCAAAAAAGAUGAUUGAAGGUGUGCCAUACGAGGUGCGAAUCUUUGCGGUUAACGCUAUCGGCGUCUCCAAACCCAGUGAACCCUCCAAACCUUUCCUUCCUCUGGCUGUGACCAGUGAACCGACAAUGCUGGUGGUGGAUGAUGUCACAGAUACCACAGUGACCAUGAAGUGGAGACCCCCAGACACCAUCGGUGCCGCUGGACUUGAUGGCUACCAAGUUGAAUACUGCAUUGAAGGAACUGACGAAUGGAUACUUGCUAAUAAAGAGCUGAUUGAAAAAACGAGGUACACUAUAACUGGUCUGCCAGUGGAGGCCAAGCUCUUGGUGCGUGUCAAGGCCAUAAAUGCUGCUGGGGCCAGUCCACCACGAACAACCCAACACUCCAUACUGGUCAAAGAGGUUAUCGAGCCUCCUAAGAUUCGCAUACCUCGACAUUUGAAGCAGACGUUUAUUCGAAAGGUUGGCGAAGUCGUCAACCUCGUCGUGCCAUUUGUGGGUAAACCAAGGCCAAAAGUCAAUUGGUUGAAGGAGGGUCAGCCGAUUGACCAAACCAUCAAUAUUCGCAACUCAGAUUGUGACAGCAUCAUGUUCAUCCGCAAAGCAGAGCGCAAGCAUUCUGGAAAAUACGAACUGAGCGUAGUAGUGGGUGGUGAUUUAUAUAGGGACGUGCUGGACAUCCAGAUAGUUGAUCUUCCAGGCCCACCACAGGCUGUAAAGAUCGAAGAGGUCUGGGGGAAUAAUGUAGCACUGGACUGGAACCCACCCAAGGACAACGGCAAUGCACCCAUAAUAGGCUACACCAUUCAGAAAGCUGAUAAAAAGACAAUGGAGUGGUACACGUGUAUAGAGCACUACCAUCGUACCUGCAUCACAAUCUCAGAUCUGGUGGUGGGUAAUGAGUAUUUCUUCAGGAUCUACUCAGAGAACAUGGUGGGCUUAAGUGAAAGUGCCACUGCCACUAAAGACAGUGCUCUGAUCGUGAAAGAAGGCUUGCAACUGAAAAUCCCAGAGUAUAAUGACCGCGACUUCACAGAGCCGCCCAUUUUCACUCAGCCGCUUAUCAACACCUUCGCUGUCGCUGGGUACAAUGCCACCCUGAACUGCAGCGUGCGCGCCAAUCCUCGGCCUAAGGUCAUCUGGAUGAAAAACAAGAUUACCAUCAUAGACGACCCACGUUACCGCAUGUUCAGCAACCAGGGUGUGUGUACGCUUGAGAUCCGCAAGCCCUGCCCAUUUGACGGAGGUGUUUACACCUGCAAGGCUGUCAAUGACCUCGGAGAGGCUCAGGUGGACUGCAAACUAGAGGUCAAAGGAGGUUUUACGUUCUUUGAGCUGAUGAAGCGAGGAGUUCCUUUACACCUCAUUGAUAAGUACAUGAACGAGUCUAAGACCUCUGAGAAGUCAGAGUCAGAGAAGAAGGGAUCCAUCUGAGGGCUGACUCACCCAAUGAUUACCCAGAAAUCAAUGUCACUACUACAAAUAAUAGCACAUGUGUCUAAACUUUGGCAUGGUAUGCUGUGUUCAGACAUGGUUCUAUAGUUCUAGAAAACUCUGCAUCUGUCACUGUGCGAUCAGGUAAAGCUGUGUUUUAAGAAAUACCACUGGAACUCAAAUGCAUGACUUCAGUAAACUGGAUGGUUGUUUCAAAAUAUAUCACAAAUAGACAUUUUAUUGUGGAAAAUCUAGAGCAGUCAGUUACAGAUAUGGUAAUGUGGUUCAUUUGUGUUUUUCUGGGUUUGGGAGACAUGGGUGGUCCGAAAUGAGCACAAGUCUGGGUUUUGCUGUUUCUGUCUUUGUUUUGUUUUCUUGUUUGAGUUUUCCCAGCCCCUUUCCUUCAUUCUUUACUGAAUGUACUGAAAUCCACUUAAGUAUGCAAUAUCAAUACUGUGCAACUAUCAGAUCAGUCAUGAGACGAGAUCUGAACGUUACAUAAAAUGUUGCGCUGGUCUAAGGAUAUUUAAUGGUACAUGCCAGUGUUCAUUUCAGCAUGACAGUUGAAUAAAUGCUUCUGUAUGAAAA